AUGGAUUCAGUUUCUAGCGAUGGGCGGUCUCGAUCUCAAGAUCGCGAAACCGAGAAUAGGCAUCGAGGUUAUGAAAGUCGAGAGAGAGGCCGAAAUGCGCGGAGCCCUUAUAGACAUUCAUCAGAACGUCGACACAAUGGCCAUUCUCCGGCACGUCGUCAUCGGAGAGAAAGUCCUACUUACGAAGACUAUGAUAACCACCCUCGUUCAAGGCGAGAUUCUGAACGGUCGGAACACCGAGAUUUCGAACCUCGAAGGCGACAUUUCGAUUUAGAUUCCAGAAGGGGAGAGAUGACAAGAAAUAUUGAGCAACGCAAAAGAAUUCGUCAGGAAAGUACAUAUUCUAUUUGGCCACCUUCUCCCGAAGAACCCCCGAGAUCAGAGAGGAUCCCUUCUCCCGAAAGCUUCUCCCAUAGGAAGAAACGAUCCUUAAGCAGUGAUUCAGAAAGUCUCUCGGAUUCGAAAUCGUCAGGAUCUCGUAAAAAUCGCGCUCAUUCGGAUAAUUCUGAUAGUGACAAUUAUUCCACGGAAAACGAAAGCGAAAAAUCUAAUGGAAGGAAAGGUAAACAUAAAAAUCAGGAUGAACUAAGUGCAAUAGAACUUGAUGAAAAAAAAUUAGAACAAAUGGAAGAACUUUGGGUAGAAAAGAAAGUUGAUCUACCCGAGGAUCUGUUAAAUGUCGGCCCCAUGCCUUUAUCCGUGAACGAGAACAAACUUGGAGAAAGAGAUUAUGGUGGAGCUUUACUGGCCGGUGAAGGUUCAGCCAUGGCAGCAUAUGUACAGGAGGGCAAGCGUAUCCCAAGACGUGGUGAAAUCGGUCUUACCAGCAACGAAAUUCAAUCUUUUGAAGAUGUGGGUUACGUCAUGAGCGGAAGCCGUCACCGACGUAUGAAUGCAGUACGUAUUCGCAAAGAGAAUCAAGUUAUUUCUGCAGAAGAGAAGCGUGCUUUGAUGUUAUAUAACCAAGAAGAAAAGGCAAAAAAAGAGAACAAGAUUAUUUCAGAUUUCAGAGAGUUGGUAGCAGACAAAAUGAAAGGGAAACAAUAA